AUGGAGCCGGCCGAGAGGGCGACGUCGACGCUGAUCGACCGUGUCGCUACUCUGCUGCAGGGCCAGGGCGACCUGGACGGCGCGGAGCCGCUGCUUCGCGAGGCGCUGGCGGCGUGCCGAGAGACGCUCGGCGACCGGCACCCGAGCACGCUCGCCUCGGUCAACAACCUCGGCGAGCUGCUGAAGGACAAGGGCGACCUGGACGGGGCGGAGGAGCUGUACCGCGAGGCUCUUGACGCGCACAGAGAGACGCUGGGCGGGAGGCACCCGAGCACGCUCAUCUCGAUCAACAACCUCGGCUUGCUGCUGGAGGCCAAGGGCGACCUGGACGGCGCGGAGGCGCUGUACGGCGAGGCGCUGGCGGCGUGCCGAGAGACGCUCGGCGACCGGCACCCGAGCACGCUCACCUCGAUCAACAACCUCGGCGCGCUGCUGUACGCCAAGGGCGACCUGGACAGCGCGGAGCCGCUGUACCGCGAGGCGCUGGAGGCGAGGCGAGAGACGCUCGGCGACCGGCACCCGAACACGCUCUCCUCGAUCAACAACCUCGGCAUGCUGCUGGAGGACCAGGGCGACCUAGACGGCGCGGAGCCGCUGCUUCGCGAGGCGCUGGAGGGGCGGCGAGAGACGCUCGGCGACCGGCACCCGAGCACGCUCAUCUCGGUCAACAACCUCGGCGCGCUGCUGUACGCCAAGGGCGACCUGGACGGCGCGGAGCCGCUGUACCGCGAGGCGCUGGCGGCGUGCCGAGAGACGCUCGGCGACCGGCACCCGAGCACGCUCACCUCGAUCAACAACCUCGGCUCGCUGCUGAAGGCCAAGGGCGACCUGGACGGCGCGGAGCCGCUGUACCGCGAGGCGCUGGAGGCGAGGCGAGAGACGCUCGGCGACCGGCACCCG